AUGUCGGAACCUCCUCGCAACCCCUACAAGUUCAUCUUUUUCGACUGUGACAACACCAUCACAUUGUCGGAGUAUCUCGCCAUGGAAACCGUAUCAGGGCUGGUCAAUGAUAUUCUUGAAAGAAAUGGAAAGCCGGAGCGCUACACUAAGGAGACUCUUAUUGCCAAGUUCGUGGGCUACAGCUUCCGCAAGAUGCUACCUGAAAUAUGCCAGGAGCACGGUAUACAACUGAGCACAGAAUUACUCCAGUACUAUGCUAGUGUCGAGGAGGAGCGCGUGAUCGCAACAUUCGGAGCCCGGGGUCAAUCAUGUGCAGGUGCGCUCAAGAUUAUCGAGAAUCUCUACGAGGGAGGCGAGUAUAAGCUGGCAAUUGUGUCCUCAUCUACGCUCAGCCGAGUUCAAGCCCAGAUCGAAAUAACCGGGGCGGCAAAGUAUUUCGAGGAAGACUGUGUCUUCUCGGCACAGAACUCGAUGAGUUCUCCCAGUAGCAAACCAGACCCAGCAAUCUACAUCCAUGCAAUGGAAAAGCUCGGUGCCAAACCCCACGAAUGCCUUGCAAUUGAGGACAGCAUUACCGGCUGUCGAGCAGCGAUCAGAGCAAACAUUGCCACCAUCGGUUAUGUCGGUUCAUACGAGACCGGAGGUCACAGGGAAUUCAUGAAGAACACACUCAAGAGAGCCGGAUGCUGUGUCAUCAUGCGGGAAUGGGAAGACUGGGACAGGGUUUUCCAACGGAUGCUGGAGAUGGAAUGUGCUUAA